AUGGAGGCAAUGCAUCCGGCUAUUCCGGGCGACACCGUCAUUCGUGGAGUUAUCCCUUUUGCAGUGGUUUCCUUAUUGGCUGUACUCUUCUCCUUCUUCUAUACACGUUAUUACUUACGUAGAAGAGAGUCGGAAACUUUCUCAACAACCGUUAUUAUCUUAUCCAUGAGUAUGGCUCUAUUGACUAGCCUUCUCCUACCCCUGGAUAUCUUUUUUGUUUCUUCAAUGAAGAAUACCGAUGGCUCCUAUAAGUCAUGGGCAAAAGACGAGAAAACGAGAGAUCACAUCGAAAACACUAUUGCUAUUGCUUAUUACGGUAAGGAAAAUUACGUCAAUAAGAACAUCGUGGCUUAUGGGCUGGUCAUUGCUUUUGCUUUCAUAAUCCUACCGUUUACGUACUUUUAUUAUGAAGAAGACGAUGAAGAUGCAACUGUGUCAUCGGUACAUGCUUUCAUUCCGCAAAGCAGCCCACCAGCUAAUGCUACUAGAUUCGAUGAACGAUUAAAAUUUCUAUUUGAUGAGUUUGCUACCAAUGGAAUAGAAAGAGGUCUGUCAUUUACUAUUGGAUGUUUAACAGUCUUGGGAAUGCUGUUAAUGGUAUUGUAUACAGCUUACGGAAUGACCUCCUUACCCUUUGAUCUGAUGAUUGGUUCUCCAUCGCUUAAUGCAAAUUCAUUUGAUUACGAAACUGAAGUAAUUAAUGAACAAACACGAUUGCUUCAAGCAAAGAUGCAAAACAAUACCGGAAAGUCAUAUCAAGAAAGAAGGCGUUUAGAUGAAUUGGAGCAGGCGAGAAGAACUGUAGAUAGGAGACGAAGUCAAAUGGAAGCGAACCAAAAUAGUUGGUUUGCAAAAAUUGCGUGUAUUUGGAGACCGUUUCAGGUUUAUCCACUGGAUUAUAUAUUUUUCUUAUCGAUCUUGUUGUAUGUGUUUCUGAGCUCCGUAUCUGGUAUCCGAAAAAUAGGGAUACGAUUUUGUUGUAUAAAAGCUUAUCGAAUUCAUCCUGGCAGGACAACUACACAAGCGAUGCUGUUUAUGUGCUUUUUUCUAGUAUUAAUUGUUUUAAGUUUAAACGUGGUCAUGUACACAAUUGCGCCACGCUAUGUUACCUUUGGAAGUCAGCAUUACCUGGGGAAUAGUAGCUAUACGUCUGAUAAUUAUAAUAUGACGCAAAUCCUAACUACGCAGAAAUGUACCUUGGAAGCAGCUAACGAGGCGUGCGUUGAAACUCGGACCGUCAUAUUGCUAUUUCGAUUUUGCUAUCGUAUUUUCGUUUUCGGAAUAAUUUAUUACUGGACAAAUUGGGUUUUCCUUGCGAUUUUUAUGGUUACGUUUUUAGCAGCAUUCGUGCGCUGCAGAAAGCCAAGCGUCACUAGCACAUAUAUUGAUGAAGAUUCGGAUUAUGACUCUGACGAAGAAUUACUACGAAAUUCGUAG